GAGAAUAGUAGGUAGGAACGAAUUUAGUUAAAUUUUUAUUUUACAGUGUCUUGUCUUCCAUAUGCCAUUUUAUAUGAACAUUUCACAUCCAUUUUCUUUUUGUGAUUGACUGAGCAACGUAAUUGCGGAGUAGAUUUUUUACGCAUCGUCUUUGGAUGGAAGUACUGUCUUUCGUUGUAUACAGUUGUUUAUAAGCGUUCUAAAGUCAUCCACGAGAGUUUUUACGAAGCGAAAAAUGACGGCGUCACCUACUCUCGAUCCCAAACUAAGGAUUCGUUUAUUGAGAUUUCUGCAUACUGGCAUCGAAAUACCAAAAUAUUUUCCUGGAUGCUGGAUGGCACAUAAGUAUUUUGAAGACUUUAAGCCACCUGUACUGCAGGAAGUAUUUAUAGCUGAUAAGAAUAAUACUGAGGUUGUAAAUAUUAUCUUAAAGGCAUUUCGUGAUGACCACUUUACUCGUUUUGAGAGCAUUGCAUUUGCUUUGGCAAAAUGUCUCUAUUAUGGCUCAGAAAGAGUAAAAGAAGCAACAUAUCGGGCAGCUCUUGAAGUUUGUAAAACCCCUGAGGAAAUGAUGAUGUUUAAUAACUUUCUACGACUGUUAAAGACUGGAAAUGGCAGGGGUUGGUGUAAUUUCAUAAAAAAAUGGUAUGUAAAUAGAGAUCCCAUGGAACUAGCAAAAGAGGUCACUAGAGUACGUGCCAGACAUGGCCGAUCCCAUAAAACAUUGGUGGCAAAAUCCCACAUGAAAAUUGAUGAAAAUGAUUUUGCCCGAGAUGCUAUCAUAAAGUACAUAAUAUUUGGGAUAAAACGAGCAAGGACCAUUAUGGCCAAUGCUCAAGGAACAGAGGAUAUAUUUGAUUACAUUGAAAAAGUUGAAAGUAUGCGUCAUUGUGAAGACCCUAAGGAUGCUGCUAAAAUUGCUCAAGAUAAUCAUUUCACCUUAGACCAUGUGCCUGGACAUCUUCUUACUUCACAAGAGGUAUGGGAUGUGAUAUUGCCCCAAAUGCCGUUGCAAAAAGUGUUGCAUAACAUUCAGCGUAUACACAAUAUGGGUUUUCUAACAGAGAGUUCUACUACCACAGCUAUUCUGUGCUCUCUACUCACAAAUAACAACAAGAUUAAGGCAUCGAAAGUAACCCCCAUUGAAAUAUUCAUAGUUGCUAGCAACUAUGAGAGGAAUUCUAAGCCGUUAAAAUAUGAGAAAGCUGUAGCGGCUCAGGAGAAGAAGCAACGCCGGCGGCAGAGACAGACAUUUAAUGUAGAAAGUAAAGUUUGGGAGUGGACUGUCACUCACCGACACCCAAAGGAAGUAAAAAUUUGGGGUAUCGAUCAAAAGCCGAACAAAACCGUGAUUGCCACCUUGCACCUUCUCAUCAAGAGCACCUGGAAGCUGACUACGCCCACUAACGCCCGUUACUUGAUCACGCUUGACAUGAGAGACCAUAUGUUUAAAGGUCGUCAUUUCUGUGAAAAGUACGGUCAAUCAAAGAAAAGCAAGAAGAAGGAUGUAGUUCCAAAUAAUGGCGGCGGAGGCGAUGCCGACAACGUACAGCCAGCUGGGACUAGAACCAAGACGCGUCAAUUUGCCGAGUGCUUCUAUAACUCACACGUUUCACCUGGAAAUGCUGCGAUCAUCCUGAUGCUGCAACUUCUGAAACGCGAGAAGCAUGUUAAAGUAGCGGUAUUCACUGAACAAGGCAUUGAACUCAUCAAUGGAAAGAAAUGUAACGAUAUUGAAGACACGGCGAUGUAUCUUAAGAAACAGAAACUUGGUCGCGUGCAAUUGGACGCACCGAUCGAAUGGGCCAGCAAAAUGAACGAAAAGUUCGACGUAUUUAUUAACAUGAUCGACCGAAGUACCCGUUACAUGGAGCUGGACAAGUCGGCCCGUGGAGGCAGAGGACCUGCGGGCAGGUUUGGCCCUCCGCCCACCAAAAAUGAUGUCGUGGACCACUGCCCCGUGAGAGCCCUUGAGCGCUAUAGGACGAAGAUGGCAAAUCCUGAUGCUAAGUUGAUAGUGAUGUCGCUAGCAUCCCAUCGGUUGGAGACAACAGACGGCAGUCACGAGGGUGUUCUUGAUAUUGUCGGGGUCGACGAGCACGUACCUAAAGUUAUGGACGCGUUCGUUCUCGGACAGUUCAAGUAAAACCUCAACAGAUGACGCUGUUCAAUUUUUUUCUAUAAAUUUUGUCAUACAUUUGGUUGCAACAAAGUGAAAAUGUGUGACGUAACAUAUGGAUUGCAGUAUCUUAUACUUAUCUGCUCCAUUGAUUCACUAAGUUUGAGAAUAAUUUCAAAGUUAAUAUGUCCUUGGGAUAGAUAAGUUUUUGUUGUUUGCACUGCAUAGGAUAGGCAUAAUUAACAUUGGUAUUAAUGUAUUGGAAUAUUAAGGAACGGCUUUAUGAAAUGUCUCUGAAUUACUAGAUAUAAUUGUUUUAAAGUUGAACUAAAAUACUGAAACCCGUUUUUGGGAUUCUGUUUUGGCUUUUAGCUCAUGACAUAUUUCCUAUAUAGAAAACUUUGAAAUUAUUACCUCAGUAUUUAUGUUUUCAAAAUAUUUCUAUUUAAAGUUUUUAUUCAUACGAGAAAAUCUCAAUUUUACAUUUGUCAAUGUUACAUUUUACAUUACAAUCUAUUAACGACCAACUCGUUUAUGCUGGCUCCAAUAUAUAAUUGGUUAUUAUACCACACUGCUGUGUUCUGGACCUCAUAAGAAACUACUUUUGAAUGUUUGCCUAAAAUACGUAUAAUGUCAAUUUACUGCACAUACUUUGUGUGAAUAAAAUGUAUUAUGUAUUAUAAAAAAGAAUCAGAAUGUUACUCUUUUUUUUAUAACAAAGAAUAGGUUUUUUUACUUAAGUUUUAGGUAAAUGGGAAAUGUGGUCGGUCUGCAUAAUAUGAAAAAUGAAAUAAAAUGUAAGUUCUUGCAUUUCCUAUUUGUAAAUUAUAUAAAUCAAACAUCUGUUUAAUACCAUGUAACAUUCUGCAAUUCUGUUCUGGACCAUUGAGUUUGUAAGAUGUGGUCAUACAAUGGUUGAAUCUUCCUAAUAUUUUUGGAUCUCCCUAAUACAUAUUUUUGGAUCUCUAUGUGAAACUUGGUUACAUACUUAAGUUUUUGUUAAUACGUUUACGUUUGCGAUACCAUCACGAUCUAGUUUAAGCUAACGUUAAAUUUUAUAGUUGUGCACGGACUUUGUGAAUUAAUCUAUUUUGGUAGUUAGGGCGAACAAUAAAACUAUAUCCUCCUUUGAUGAAAUACAAGGAUAAGUGAUAAUCCUCGCAUGAAUAUUAGAAAGACCACAGAAAUAUUUUUCUCGGUUAGACUCUAUUUCAUGAAUUAAAUAUUUAUACCACACACUAUGUGUUUACGAACAUGUUCGUUUUACAUCUUGUACUUCCAAUGCCAAAAUAUAUUUUUCUAUGCGCAAAGUCAGUGAAAACAACUACUAUUUUUUUUAGUGUUUUGCUUAUUAAGCUUUUAUCCAUAUAGUUAUAAUCAUAAUAGUUGUAGGAAUACGUCACAAGGUGUGAGCAAAUUGCUUUAUUUUCUUCUAAUCUAUUUUUUUUUAAUGUAAUUCCAUAAUAAACAGUGUUAAUAGAGAAACAAAAUGUAAAUUAAUUUUACUCAUUUAAUACAAAAAACUUAGGUCAUCUCUAAAUUUCGUGUUGAAGACAGUAAAAUGUGUGAAACAACCCCUUGAAUACGUUCUUAAAUACUAGCCCUAAGCUAUGAGCUUAUAAAUAGGAGCCUGUGGUAUUAUAUUAUAAUCAGCAUUAUAAAUGAAAUUAUUUUUUUUAUUUCCGAAGUUCUUGCUCACACCUCGUGACCUGUGUUAAUCGUAAUAUAUUGUUAUGGUGACCCUAAGAUUGUUAAAUUAUCUCAAACAUAAUCUAGGGUUAGCCUUUGUAAUCGUAUUGCUUAGUAUUUGUAGCUUAACAGGGUCUUUUUGGUGAAACAAAAAUCUGGCACCUGCUCUCUACAAUCACUGCAACGUGUUCAAAAGAUAGUAAAUUGUGACGGAGGUGACAUGAGGUAAAAUUACUUUUAUUUCGAACUAUAAAAGCAAAUAUUUCCGAUACAUCCGUCAAAUAUAUCUGUAACAAUAUUUGAACGCUAGUACUCAUAGAUAUUUUUUUAUUAAUAAUUUAUGCAAAAAUUUAUCAGAUUCCUAAUUGCCAAAGUACAUACUGCAUUUUUAUUACUAGUAACUGUACUGGCUUUCAAAUAUUAUUAUGUAGCUAAGUAAUAAUUCUAGCAUAUCUUACCUCUUUAGGAUUAACGAAAACUGGUACAUGCUCAUAUAUGGUUCAUAAAAUGUUAUUUAGCCAGAGAAUUACUCUAGAGAUACCAAAGGCAAGGCAUAAUAUCAGGUUUGGUUUCAAACUAAAAUUUUGUGCAGGUAAAUUAACCUUGACAUGAUAUAUAGACUAGAUUUUGGUGUAAUGCUAUAGUCCUUCUGUGCGUACUCAUAGAAACUCCUGGUACUGGGCAAGUACCAGCUUUCUCCCGCGUGUAGUUAAUAGGUAAAACUAAAAUCCGUUUCAAAGUUGGUUACUUUUGUACUAAUACGAACGGAAUUUUCAGAAUCUGUGAUCACUUGGUACUCUCUUGGGAUUAAGUAUUUUUUAUAACUGAAUGUUGAAAAUUUUUAGGAAGCUCGAAAUUACAAGUUGCUCUGUGUAAUUGUGUAUGUUGUUUUGUUAUAUAUAACGUUUAGGUAAAACGCUAAUAAUCAGCGCAAUGUUUAUUUAUUGUAAAAGCAACCUUGUAUACUAUGUGGCAAAAUUUGUAGAACCCUGGCAGACCACCUCUUUUUUGUAAAAACCAAUAUAUUACAAUUGUUCAUUUAAUUGAAAACAAAGCAGCUUUUUUUAGUCAUUUAAAAUUUCAUACAUUACAUUUUUACAUAUUUAAUGCGAUGUUGCAGGUUAUGUGGUGUAUAGGGCAAUACCUUACAUGGUAAGGUAAUUCUUAUAUUGAAAGAAAUUUAACAUAACUUGGGAGGAGAAUAGCUCUAUGACCGCCUUUAAUUGCUGUGAUUCUGGUGAAAUUUUUUAUUCAUGGCUCACUUAUUUCCUUUUUUAUUAUAUACUUAAUUAUAACAACUUUAAAAUUAUAGUUCAAUUGAAUAUGACUUUUCACAAAGUGAUCAAAUCAUUCUUAACAAUGUUUUAACUCUUUUAUAAUAUUACCAUUGGUGGUUAAUGAUAUUAUUUGUACUGCUAUAUAUUGUUGUUUUAUAUACAUAAGUCUGCUUUAAAAAAAAUUUUAUUAUUUGCAUUCUACACCAAAAUGGUGAAUGUCAGUCCGUCCCAAUUUUGUUUCUGUCAGCAUUAGUUUAUAAUUUUAUUUAACCAUUCACAGCAGCAUAUAGAGCACAAUAUGAAUAACAUAGUGUUACAACAUUUCAAAAAUGUAAUUGCAUGUUUGUUUUCAUAAUGAAUAAACUUAUGAUAUCUAA